AUGAAAACACCAGUUUACUCCCUGCUGCCACUUCUCCUGUCGUUAUCACAUCUUGCCGCCUCUGUGUCGAUAGACUGCCACCAUAUUCGAGUCGACGGCAAGAAGUUUGACUUAUCAAAGCUCGCGGGCCGGCAUUCCGUCAAUGUCCACGACGCAUCGAGACCACCUGCCGAGUACAACACCACAUGGACGAUUGACCUUUGUGCGCCGCUGAAGAAGCUUGAGGGUAUAAGAGACCAGGAUCAAUGUCCGGGGGGAACACGAGUAUGCGGCGUCGUCCGAUCCUGGAAUCCCGCCGAUGACCCGGAGAAGAAACACAUCGAAGUCGAGAACGUGAUCCCCGUCGCCGGGAACUUCGAAUCCAGCACAGGCGCCAGUCUGGACCCCAAAGUGUCACGGUUGAAAGCGCAGGAUUCGAACUCGGAUGGCCUACAGAUCGAGUUGAACGGCGGCAAUUACAAUAACAUGAAGCAAAAAGCGGUAGUACAGUUAACGUGCGACAAGGACCGGACGGGCAAUGAAGAGAAGAGGAAAAGGAGUCUGAAGCGCGAUGGUGAGGACACUGACAAAGACAAGGACAAGGAGGAGCAACCGAGCACGUCCAGCUUGACAUUUGUGAGCUACGGCAAGGUCGAGGGAAAGGAUAAGAUUGAGGUUUUGAGACUCAAUUGGCGGACAAAGUACGCUUGCGAGGACUAUGCCGACAGCGACGAGGCGAGGAAGAGCGGUUGGGGUUUCUUUACUUGGUUUGUUCUGAUCGCCUUCUUGGGCAUCGCCGCCUACCUCAUCUUCGGCUCCUGGCUCAACUACAACCGCUACGGUGCCCGUGGCUGGGACCUGCUGCCGCACGGAGAUACGAUCCGCGACAUCCCCUACCUCUUUAAAGAUUGGUCGAGGAAAGUCAUCGACACCGUAUCGGGAGGAGGCACCAGAGGCGGCUAUAGCGCUGUAUAA